CGCUCAGCUGUGCGUUAUAUGUCGGCUGCCGCGAGUCCCACUUCCGUGCGUAUCGCUGCGAAACGACGACGUAUCACAACUCCAGCUACGGAUUUCCGUCUACUAUUCGCGACGCGCAUCAGUCCUGUAUUAUUAUGCUGUCAGCUAAUACCGUGCGCCGCACGUAUCACCACGAAUUAUCAACAAGCAAGUGCCUCGACGAUGCGGACGGCGUGACGAACGCGGGCGACGGUGCACGCCGCUUUGUUGAUACGUUGAUUUCUGUGUUCAGGCCGCGGAAGCCGCCGCGUCCCAUCAGCGUCUAAGAAAGACAUCCCGCGGACGACAAUCCUCCCCCUCGGUGAAAUCGAAUCGCCACCGCAGGUGGCAGGGUAUAUUGUACGAUCGGUGCGUGUUACAAAGCCGGUCGGUACGAUGACCUAAGACAAAAGAAGAGAGAGAGAGAGAGAGAGAGAGAGAGUGAGUGAGUGAGAGUGAGAGAGAGAGAGAGAGAGAGAGCGAGAGAAAAAAGGAGCAAUACAAAAGCGAAUCUUCAUGGAAGCAAUCACGAUCAGAUGAAGAAGCUCAAUUUAAACGAGAAGUAAAAAUAAAGGGACGCGCGCGAUUGUCGUCCGUCUCUCGUCGUGAGUACAAUACAAAUGUGUGCGUUUAAUUGCGCUGUAAACUUCGAACUUUGUGCACGUGCUUCUCGCCUCGAGAAGUGUGACUGAGAGGAAUUGGUGACUGUGUUCCCUCGGUGCAUUCGUGAAACACGCGUCAUCACGGAGACGACAUCGCAACGACCGCUUGGUUUAUUUUUUUUCUUUUCGAACACUGAUCAGAACAAAGUGUCGCGCGAGUGGACGAAACAGACGUGAAGGCUAAAACCGGAGUGUGUUGUGUGUUGCGAUUCCGCCUCGCGGUGUCUUUCAUUACCGAGAAGUGCGGUCGCGGGAAUUUCCACGCGACGACGGGAGUAACGACGACUCCUCGGUUAGGUAGCGAAAAAAUAGUUAGUACGGCGCGAUUUUGUGUGAUAUCUCUGAGAGUGUGAGGCGCGCGCGGGAACGAGAGUGGCGAUUUAACAAGAUCUCUACGUUUGUGAAACACACAGAGAGCGAACACACACACACCGGUCGAAAACGAUCGCGUUUUUUCCACAGAAAUUGCGAAUAAUGUCGACGGGCAAGCGGCUGGCGAAGCGUAGCAUAAUCGGCACCAGAGUGUGCGCUCCCGGCGAAGACGGGAAGUAUUACGGCGGUGCCAUUUACGCCGUGAAGACGCCGCAGACCGCGUCGUCGGGCCAGACCGUCACACCGAAGACACUGUACUCCGUGCGCUUCGACGUCGCGCCGGGCGGAUGCCCGCCAAGCCCCAGCACCGAGUACUCGGACCGUGACCUUAUCGGUCCCGGCUUCGGAUCCGUCACCAGCGCGCGAUUGGUACCCGGUCAGAAGGUGUAUCUCACGUACAACGGCCGAGAGAUCCACGCGGAGGUUACGGAGCACCGCCAGCACCUCGACGAAGUGGACGUGGUCAUUGCCCCGAACGGGCAGGAGACGUUUAACCGCGGACCGUACAAACGGAACAUGGAAGGAAGGAGGAAGCGACGUCGGAUGCAAGAGUUUGAACGAGGAGCGAAGGGUACGAUGAGCUUAACUAAACGCAUAGACGAGAUCAGAUUGCUCGAAUCACGCAAGAGCGCCCGACUGGCCGAUCAGGACACAGAUUUCGCCAGACUUGCCGAUAUGGCUGGCGAUCGUAAGCGAGCGUCCUCUCACUCUAUCGACGUGCCACAUGUAAUGGCAUCAAGGAAACGACGACCAAGCUCGAACAAUGAUUCCGAACGAACGUACAGCGGUUGGGGCGACAGGAUGCUCUCCUGUGGACGUGAGGGUUGUCGCAGCAACGAGCACGGUGAUUGCAUGGACGAAUGCGCUGCCGCCUUAGUGUUAAUGUCACUCUCAUGCUCACCUCAUAGUCCUCACAACACCCCGCAACUGCACUGCCAAUAUAAUUACGGUUCAUGGGGAAGUCGUGGAGGCGGAGGCGGCAGCAUGAUUGCCGGCUCACCGGGUGUCGGCGGCAUGUCAAACAGUAGCAGCAGCAGUGGGGCUUCCUGGAGAAGCGGCACCCCGAGUCCGCCCCUCAGUGAAGAGGGUGUGCCAACCAGGAGUUCUCCUUGUCCGGCAUCCUCGCAUCCUUCGCACAAUCAACCGCACUAUCCGUACAAUGCGUCUGGCUCAUCGUCGAGCAGUACUCCGGGUUCGACCACGUUGGACGAGGGAAUAGUGCCCGACUACAUCGAAGAGCAGCACCCCCGUAAGAAGAUACGGGCGAAAGUCAACCAGGAUCCAAUCGAAUCGGAACCAGGCGCUUGCGCGACUUUCGAAAGCGAACAGGCAAACGCGGCAGUGGUCUUCAAGUGCACUUGGCCGGGCUGUCUUGAAAUCAGAGCAACCGUCACGCUUAUUGAAGAACAUGUGCGGCAGUCACAUCUGGGUCCAAAGGAGUCCAAGGACGAGGACUACAUGUCUGUUAACGAAGAGGAAUUCUAUUAUCAAGAAGUUGCCGUGGAUCACAUGAGUUCACCGCCGACAAUGUCCCACCGGGACAUGGCAAGACCGCCGCACGAGGAUCCGGAAUAUCAGAAGCAGCUUCGUCUGGAAGCAACUCCUAUCACAAGCAACAACUACAUGGAGAACGUAAUGGUCAAUGUCAGAGAAAGCAGCACAUUUACGAUCUCACCGUCACCAAGUACACCCAACAAACACAUCAAACUGUCUCCUCGACCAAUUCAAGCGUGUCAGCAACAAAGUAUCACAGCAUCUACGGGGAAGCCGUCCUCGCCGCGGCGAACGCGCAGCGAUGUCAAGAAGUGUCGCAAGAUCUACGGCAUGGAUGCACGCGACCUAUGGUGCACCCAAUGCAGGUGGAAGAAAGCCUGCACUCGUUUCUGCAGCGAAUAGGCCAAGCGUCCGCCCCGUUCGUACGUCCGUGGGCGGAAACCCUUGUCAAGUCGACCCCAAAGUUUGCCAAUGCUACGUUGAACAUUAGCGCCAACUGCCAAAUGCCAAUCAUCAUCGGAGAAACGGCGUCGUAAAGACUCACACUCGGAAUAUGCACAAAAUCGUCGGUCAUCGCUGCCCGUAAUACGAAAGGAAUGUUUUAUGAUAGAAUGAGGAAUUGUCCUUGUAUUGUCUGUAUUCCUUUCAUAAAGAAAUAACAAGCGAGAAAUUCGCGUGAAAGCAGCGUCUCUUUUUUCGUUAGUUCUCGUUGUUUAUGCAAAGAGAUCAAGAUCUAUGCAGAUUGAUCCAGACGACGAGUCGAUCAACGUGAAUUUAAAAAGAAAACAAUGAUGGUUAGCAGGUGAUUCUAAAGAGCCAAUAGUCAUAUGCGAUAUAAUACCUUUCUCCCAGUCUAUAUUACUCAUAGACGAGGUUACGACGGAAGGUUUAUCUAAACCGAUUUCCGCCCGUUCGUAUUUUGCACUUGGCAAACUCCCAAAUUGGGUCCCCUAAUCUAUCUUACGCGUAUCGAGAGACAUUUCGAUUAGCCGGUAGCGAAUAAACUGGCGUGCGAAGCGAGGUGACCUUAGACUGUUACAUUUUUCGCAUUCGGUAAUGAGCGUAAAACACACACACAUACACACCUCGCUUCCGCGUGAAUUCGCAAAAAAAAAUCUUUUUAUUUGAUCCGAAACACGCACUCGCACUCGGAGCGGACACGCAUGUCCUUCGAAAUGCUGGUUCCCGAACCGUCUCUUAGGUCAUUGCAAUAGGUCUUUCUUCUUCCGCUAAGAGCGCGAAUGUGAUGCGCUCUUGAUAAUGACAGAAUUAAGAAAAGGUUGUCGUCGUUAUCCUCAGGGACGACGCCGUAUCUGUCCGGUCCCUGAGGAAUAAAUGAUCGAAUCUAAGAAGCGCGAAAGGAAGAGCGGCGUGUAUUGACGCCCGGUCCAAUCGAUUACGUUCAUAUAAGAAAAUGGACAUGUUAGAAAGUCUUGCGUAGACCGCUAUUAAAUGUGAUAUUGUAUCUAAAAUUUAUCGGAUCUAUUGUGGUUCUAUCUCUCUCGAACAGGGAAACACAUGUGAAGGUAGACGAAAAAGCGUGAGGGAAUAAGAAAUGAAAAAAAAAAAGAAACCAAAAUUUUAUACACCAAUUAUACUGCCAGAUAAAUAAUUCAAAAAAAAAAAAAAUUGUUGUUCAAAAUACCUCUCUUACGCGUUAGAGAGGCAUUAUAUGUUGCACGGCAUGCGUCGCGCCGUAUAAUAAUAUGUACCGGGCUUAGCCUUGUUAGCCUUCAAACGACCUAAGAUCGUAUUCGCCAACAGAGGAGCUGCGCAUAAAUUGGAGUAGGCUACGUAGUUGAAUCGAUCGAUCUUACUAAGAUCUAGCAAGAGUCUCACACAUAACACGGCCGCCACUGUACUAUGUUAUGUCGUCACGCUACAACAUACCAUCUCACCACCAUACAACGCUACACACAUACACACAUACGUAGACAUAUACAAAUUGCGCGCGAAAAGAACGAUGACAUCACAUUUGUAUGGUCUACGUCACUUCUUUAUACUCCUUUCUCGCUUUGGAUCGUUUGCGGGACAAUUUCUUUAUUUUUGAAUCGAUUAUGUUAAAGUACGUUUUGAUCUCGAUCAUAAUUUUAAUGUAGCAAUAACGGACGAAUACUUUGACAAAAAUUUUAUACCUUGACGAAGGCAAAAAUGUUUCGCACCAAGUCGUAAAGAAUGAUAAAAAUCUUUUAAGGAUUUAUGCUUCAUCGUUGCAGUCACUUCAGAUUAUGAACAAUUGUAUUUAGAUAGAAUAGAUUUAAAAAAUACAAGUUUUCUUUAUUUCAUUAUAACUAAUUCUAGAAUAUACACGUGGAGUCUCUGUCAGAGCCUCAUAUGUGUGUAUCUAAAAUAGUUUAUGUAGCGGCAAAUAUUUCCAAAUCAUUGUGCAGAAAUCAUAUUUGAACCAUUAUUCCAAAUUCAUUGUUCGUUUGGACACGGCCGGACCUUUUAUUUAUUUUCAAUUAGCUUACUCCUCGACUGCUUGCAAAAUAAUUUUUCUUUGACUGCAAAAAAUUUGUAAGAUUACGUCGAUGCGUCGACAUUAUCGUGAGAACAUGUCGAGUAUUAUCGCCGCUGCCGGCGCUACCGUGUUCCGCGAUCGCGUCUUUAUUGCAAGCUGCAACUUGUUUUAAUUUAUCUCAAUUAUCUCAAUAUAAUCUGUCAAAUGUAAUACUUUUAUUCAAUUUUCAAGAGUUUUUCUCUCAAUUGUACGAAUAAAAAUAAAAGAAAAUAUAGUAAAAAUGCAAGAUAUUUUUUUUUACACAUUUUUUUAGCAGUGUUGAAAAUUGACUCAAUUUUAUCUACUUAAAUAAUUUAUAAUUGUUUUUGGAACUUACAUCGAAUAACAUCUAUAUCAAGUGUAAAUGAAAUAUUAAGUAUUUAUGACGUAAGUCGUCAUUUAUUUAUCUUAAUUUACAUACAAAACUUUUCAAGUUGUGACUGCAUAAUCUAAUAUGACUGCAGUGAUGUAAUCAGGAAUGUUAACGUUUUUUUAAUGCAAUAAAUGACGAAGAUGUUGAUUUGGUGGAAGAAAAUCAGUGAGACGUCGCCAACAUGUACUAUAUUGUAAAAGUACUAUAAAAGAAAACGACACUCACUUAAAAGUUUCUUCCAAUUUCCCCGAAAAAAAAAAGAAUGUUUAUAAUUUAGUCUAAUUAUCUAUAUAUAUUUAGUAUAUAUCAAUUACUUUGUACAUUUAUGUCUUGUAUAUUACGUGUAUUAUCUCUUGUAUAAUACAUCUCUCAUUUUAUAUAAUUAUUGAUGAAUUCAGUACGUAGUAAGAAUUAAUAUAUUUUAAUGUUGUUUUAUUGAUAAUAACGUCACGGGAUUCAGAUUUUAUUAGCAUAAUAAAAUGUCAAUUACAAAAUACGUUAAUCAAGUUACGAUUCGAGAAAAAAAACGAAAAACUAUUAACUUCGUGCGAGAUAUGUCAAUCAUUUUAAGUUGCGUUCGAAAAAGUAAAGACAUCUCUUGUUGUCAGUAUUUCCCGACUUUUUAUCAAUAAAAAUUUUUAUCUGUAAUUAAAAUCAAAUCGCGAUUGUUUUAAAAAAAAUUAUCGAGCGCAGCGAUUCUUACUACUUGACGUAAUGUUGUCGUCGCACAGAAAAUUUAAAUUUGUUUCUUCCAUUAUGAAUUUGAACGCUGAUAAUUGUUUAAGAUAUGGCUGACGAUAGGCGCGGUAUCGAAUUAUGUAUUUGAAACAUCAUCGUGUGUUAGAUUUUAUGAAAUUAAAUAUAAUACUUACACACAAGUAUUAUAUCGUUGAAAAAUAGUGAGUGUUGACAUGUUGAAUGCAUUCAAUUUUUAUACAGACAGUAUAAUAGAUAAUCACGAUAAUGUAGAAGAUCAUUGACAAAAUAAUUGCAAACUGAACGGUUAAAAAGUACAGAUAGCAUAGAAAAUAAUUGCCGUCCAUGCAGAUUCCUUCCCCUGCGAUCAAAAUUGUUAUAUUCUCGAUAUAAAUGUUAUAUCGACACACAAUAUACCAAGGACAAUAUCUAAACGGAAACUAUUAGAGAGUGAUAUUAUUAUUUAAUACUUAGUUAUUAACAUGACUCUUCUGUCGUGAUUUUAUUCUAUGCCGUCUGUACACGCAUGCAGUAAAUAUAACGUAUUAAAAAUAACAAAGUGUGCGGCGGUAACAUUGAAACAUAUAAAAGUCAAAAAUUACUUUUUAACGUUUUUCUACGUACACACACAUACACACACACACACACAAGUUUUUUAUUAUAAAAUAUUUUUUUAUAAUUAUUUCAAGAUCAUAUUAUUUUUAACAAAAUUUUUAGUUACAUUUUUCCCUUAAUAGAGUGCGUGAUGUGUUUUACGAGAUAUUGAUCUAAUCUUUCUUCGAAGGUCGCUAGUUUCUUAUUUAUUUUUGAACACUUAGUGUCGUGUAUGUACCGCUUUUCUUAACGUUAGCAGCACUUUCGAGUUAAAUACAACAUCAAUUGUAUGUACAAACUCUACAGCUCGAAAGUUGUGUCUAAUAAUCUAAUAAGCGAAUGUGGAAGAGAGAGAUUAAAUAUACAUAUAUAGGAUUAUAUACAUAUAUGUGUAUAUAUAUGUAUGUAUAUAUAUAUGUAUAUAUAUAUAUAUCUGAAUGCGUUUGGCUCACACACAGAAAAAUUGCUAACUUUAGACGUGAAGACAUACAAGAUGCUGAGUAUACAUGAAAGCAAAAAAUGAAAACUUUUAUGACUAUUUCUGGACUGUACCAUUAGCGUAAAAAUGCUGAUCACCGUUCUACGAAACUUGCACAGAAAAUGGUAGUUGUCAAAGCUAAAUAUAUAAGCUGCAAUAAACAUUUACGAAACAGAUUAGAUUUUUAUAAUUAUUUAUUUACGUCAUUUGUUAUAUGUCUCCUCGAUGUAUCUCACUAAAAUCAUUGGUCUACAGAUAAUACAACACAAAAUGUAAUAUAUGAUUUAAUUUCUACUAGACUAGAAGUAUAAAAAAAAUUAUACAACAUAUUAUAAAAUGUGAUUUAAAAAACAUUAUUUCUGCGGGGUGUUAUAUAUUAAUGACCAACGUUAUAUUUUCUCUAGAUACAUAAUAUGUGCUUAAAAAUAGUUAAUAAUAAUUUAAAUCGUAAAUUACACAAUAUAUAUGUAUAUAUUUUUUAAUUGAGUUAAUAUUUGAAAAUUACUAUUUCUGAAUGUGUUUUUCAAAUUCAGAAUAUAUAAAACUCUUAAUUUCCGUUACAAUUGAUGUUUAUCUUUAUUAUGUAUUUUUAUUGUUGCCUAUGUUCUUAUAAGUUUAGUAAUUUUUACAAUUUCUUGUUUACACGUUAAUUAAUUCGACAUCUUAUAUGCACAACUUUGACAGCUACCAUAACGGCUUUCCCAAGUUCCGCAGACAAUGUGAUUCGUAUUCUCAUACUAGAAGAAAUGUUGCAUUCUCAAUCGUUUUGCCCCCAACUAUAUUUAAGCGAACGUUAGGAAAAACGAUAAAACGAGACUCAAUCGCCAAUCGUAAUUAUUCGUAAGAUAAACAAUACAAAUCGACUUACAUUUCGCGAUAACAAUAAUGAUAAUAAUAAUAAUAAUAAUAAUUCAGCUUAUUCGCUGAUUGUUUAAACUUCCGACUCUCCGUUAUGAUGCGGCGCGGUGGUGCGAGAUCGCGCGACUGUCAUCAUGCGCAUUGCAAUAAAAUCUCGAUAAUCACAUAGAAAACUCGUAUAAAUUUAUUGUUGAUCCUAUUGUGCACAAUGACACGAGCCGACAGAUCGCACAACAAGUGCUAAGAACGCAAGUUUCGUGUGUCGAAACGAAAUGUCGCGACGGAAAAGAAUUUUGGCAAUUAUCUAAAACGUGGAACAUGGCACUUUUGCGAGCGUAACAACAAGUACAAGCUUAUUAACUGUGCCAUUAUUACGUAUGCCAAAUAUUCUCCACUUACCCUCACCGUGUAAUAGAAACAAGCGAGAAAGGAAGAAACUCCUCUUCCGCGACGGGGAAGACGAGAUUCCACAAGCGUGUGAAGAAAGCGAGUGGGAAAAGUGCGAACAGACAAGAUUCAUAAACAUUUGUAUAAACGGAAAAGCUUUACAGAUUAUAAAAAGAUAUACCUCAGGUUUAUUUCAUACAAACGUACAGCUUAUAUAGCUCGUUGUCCCGCUCUAAGCGAUAAAACCAAUCGGGAUAAUACAUUUUUUGUAUCGUUCCAUUACACGAAUCACCACGUUAAUUAAUCGCUUCGACUUGGACGACCGACUGAUCAACAUUGAACGUUACAAAGUAAUAUGUAUUUCUCGCAAUGUCGAUGUCAAUAUUACUUAGUCUAAUCUCGCAACGAAAGUGUGUUUGUUGCGACGGUUCGGGACACUUGUUGUAACAUACAUAUAGAGAAUGCAUCGCAGUUUUGUUUUGUUUAUUUCUUUUUUUGUUUUUAACGGCAGCCUGAAAGUUUUCGAGAUCGCGCGUCGUUGUCGUCGUCGUCGUCGUCGUCGUCGGCAUAUCUCUGCUAUGCAGCCUAUAAAACUAAAUAUUAACUGUCGGAAAUGAAGUCCCGUCACCCCAUUUCAGGCACGAAAUCGUAAUGUGGACAUUGGCGUCGCUCACCGAGAUGUUACGGUCGAUGUGUAAACGAGUUUUACGUUUGGAGUACGUCGAAUGUUGUUAAGCUCUCAAUGCAUCUCUUUCAAAAGAGCCAAGCCAAACUGCACACAUUUGCGGCAAUCCGACGAAUUCCGCAAAAUCAGAUUAAAAGCCGAAACUUUCGAUCGAUUCGACUUAUACGAGUAGUAUCGGCAAGAGAUUCGUGUCCCUUUUUUCAGAGGGCACCCAAACACACGGAAAACACGAUGAUCGCUCCUCGGGGUUAAAAUCAUAUAUAUAUAUUAUAUAUACAAAGCUCUGCCCAGCGCGUUCGCCGAGAUAACCGAAAGAAGGAUUACGUUGCGGAUUCGAAGCUAAUGGCCGGGAUUAUCAUACCAAAACGAUCUCAUAUCGAUUUAAUGAAGUGUAAUUUUCACCAGUAUGUACGGACGAGCGGGGUUGAUGUGUACUUCAGAUUAUGGAGUAACACGGGAGGAAAACGUCACGUCAGAAAAAAAAACUUACAAAUUUUUGAACAAAAUCAAGAAUAUAUUUGACCAAAUGAGAAAUUGCAUCUGUAAUAAAAAAAAAAAAAAAGAAUUAAUCGAAACUUCAUUCUCGAUUUUUUAACCAAUAGUUUACAUUUGAAUGAACAAAAAAUAAGAAGACAUGUUCCAAUUUGCCUGUGUUGUCUUUGCCCGCAGGUUCGGGAGAAGACACCGCAGAGACGGUUGUAAAUAAUGUGCAAUGUCUCGCAGAGCUCUGUUUGGCAAUUUGCACAACAUAGCGAAACAUGUGAUCAAGCGAACAUCUACUCUUCAACAUAUUUACAAUUUUUUUAAAACGUUCAAAGUUACGUCGAAACUAGCACGUGAAAAUGACUACAUUACAUUAUUUAGUAAAAAAAAAAAAAAA